AUGUCCCUCCGCGAUGCAAGGGCCAGUAGCUCCUCGUCCGCUUCAUCCGAACUUCACGAUGCUCCUACCUUUCAGAAUAUCCGCGCAGACCCUAUCAGUCGAUGUCAGACAAAUAUCGACCUCGCCCGAGUAGAGACGCUCCGUUUAGCGCAGAGAUCGACGGUCGGAUCUUCUGCGGGACCAGCGCCUCGCGAUCAAUGGCUUCCCUUUGGCGAUGGAAAGGACUAUCCUCCAUUACUCCCCGACCCAGAGAAGUAUGUCGUCGGGUUCACGGGGGUGGAUGACCCCAUGCACCCGCAUAAUUGGCCAACAAGGAGAAAGGUGCUUUAUUCCUCGGUCCUGGCUUAUAACACCUUCACCGCGUCAUUUGCAAGCGCCAUCUUCUCAUCCGCUGUUGGCGCCAUCUCGAAGAACUUCCACAUCAGCACAGAAGUCGCGACACUCGGUGUCACGCUGUAUGUCCUGGGCUUCUCCGCAGGACCAACGAUCUGGGCUCCUGCCUCGGAGCUGAUCGGACGACGAUGGCCGAUCACCAUAGGCAUGAUCGGCUACAGCAUCUUUACCAUUGGCAGUGCGACAGCCAAAGAUACCCAGACCCUCUUCAUCACUCGAUUUUUCGCAGGACUGUUUUCCGCCAGUCCGUUGGCCAUCGUGCCCGCCGCGUUCGCUGAUAUGUACGACAAUAGCCACCGAGGCAUAGCAAUCGCAAUGUUCGCCAUGGCCGUCUUCGUGGGCCCCUUCGCGUCCCCUUUCACUGGAGGUUUCAUCACCAUGAGCUACUUGGGUUGGCGGUGGACCAUGUACAUCUCCGCCAUCAUGGGCUUCCUGGGUGUUGUUCUCCUGAUUUUCUUCUUCAAGGAAACAUACGCGCCAAUUGUGCUGGUUGAAAAGGCAGCAACGCUGAGACGCCAGACCCAUAAUUGGGGUAUCCACGCCAAACAGGAUGAGGUCGAGCUGGACAUCAACGAGCUCAUUACCGUCAACUUCAGCCGGCCAUUCCGCAUGCUUCUGACUGAGCCGAUCGUGUUCCUCGUCACCAUAUACAUGUCAUUCAUAUAUGGUCUCAUGUAUGCCCUGCUAGGGGCGUACCCAGUCGUGUUCCAGCAUAAACAUGGCAUGAACCUAGGCGUGGGUAGUUUACCGUUCAUUGGCCUGAUCGUCGGCGAAUUCGCCGGCGGAAUCUAUACCAUGUUAGACUCCAGGAACUAUGUGCGCAAACUGCGAGCCAACAACGACAUGCCCAUUCCUGAAUGGCGACUGCCUCCCGCCAUCGUCGGGGGAAUCGCAUUCACCAUUGGCUUGUUCUGGUACGGGUGGACGGGCUGGACCAGGUCGAUCCACUGGAUGGCCCCGACAGCGUCGGGAGUGUUUACGGGCUUCGGAAUCUAUGUCAUAUUCCUGCAGUGCUUCAACUAUCUGGUCGAUUCGUAUCUUCAAUUGGCCGCCUCGGUCUUUGCCGCUAACACCAUCCUGCGAUCGGCUGUGGGUGCCUGUUUCCCUCUUUUCUCUCGCCAGCUUUUCACAAAUCUCGGAGUACAGUGGGCAGGAACACUGCUCGGCUGUCUGUCUUUCAUCAUGAUUCCGAUCCCGCUGGCUUUCAUGAAGUGGGGACCUGCUCUGAGGCAGCGGAGCAAGUUUGCACCAUCCCCUGCUGUGUUCGAGGAGAAGGUAGCAUGA